AUGGUUUCUGCGAGAAGAGCUAAAUCACCAUCAAAGAAGACAUCCGAUGAUGAACUGGAAUUUGAAAAAGGAAAGGAAAAUCUGCAGGUAGACGCAAAAGCUGCAAAAUGCAACGGAAAUACGCCUCUCACACGUCCAGUUCAAGCAGACAGAACUCUCUCAAGCAUCAAGGCGACAUCCACUUUGCCAAUUACUGUAAAAUCUGGAACCGUUGGAAUUCCGCGAGCAUCUUCGCUACAAACCAUAAAAGCCAAAGCAGCAUUAAAGGUGAAGAUUUACGUAUAUUUGAGUUAGCU